GCAGCCAGGACCACGUUCAGAAAGCUCAAAAGACUGUCUGAUACAAAAAUCGGCCAAUAGAAAAAUCCCGAUAUGCUGUUGCCAGGUAGUCUCCAGCCUUGCUGACCAAUUAGAUUGCAACUGGUGAAGGGAGGGCGCGGGGAGCUGGAGGUAACAGUGUGCGCGAGAGCCCGAGUGCGAGGGAAGCCUUAUCAAGGAGGCAAGGCUAAAGACAACAUUUGCAAAAUGCCGAAUAAAAUUAAAAAAGAGAAGGAACCAACCAAAUCUGCAAAAAGCAGCACAAAGAACAGCAAUUCCGGUGGUGGAAAGGAUGCUGGGACUGAAAAUUCAGAAGAGGCCCAGCAGUCAGCCAGCAAGCGUCCAAGCAACAGCACUCCACCUCCCACUCAGCUCAACAAAAUUAAGUACUCAGGUGGGACUCAGAUUGUAAAGAAGGAGCGUCGACAGAGUUCGUCACGAUUCAACCUCAGCAAGAGCCGGGAACUGCAGAAGCUUCCCGCUCUCAAAGAUGCCCCACCCCUGGAUCGAGAAGAACUGUUUGUCCAGAAACUGCGGCAGUGCUGCGUGCUUUUCGACUUUGUGACUGAUCCACUAAGUGAUCUCAAGUUCAAGGAGGUGAAGCGAGCUGGCCUCAAUGAAAUGGUGGAGUACAUCACACACAACCGUGACGUGGUCACAGAGUCCAUCUACCCUGAAGCCGUCAUCAUGUUUUCUAUGAACUUGUUCAGGACUCUGCCUCCCUCCUCCAACCCCACAGGAGCAGAGUUUGACCCCGAAGAGGACGAACCCACUUUAGAGGCAGCUUGGCCUCACCUGCAGCUGGUGUAUGAAUUCUUCUUAAGAUUCCUGGAGUCACCUGACUUUCAGCCCAACAUUGCCAAAAAAUACAUCGACCAAAAGUUUGUAAUGUCGCUUCUGGAUCUUUUCGACAGUGAAGACCCUCGAGAGCGGGACUUCCUGAAAACCAUCCUGCACAGGAUCUAUGGAAAGUUCCUGGGACUGAGAGCCUACAUCCGUCGGCAGAUCAACAAUAUUUUUUACAGGUUUAUAUACGAGACGGAGCAUCACAAUGGGAUUGCGGAGCUCUUAGAAAUCUUGGGAAGCAUAAUCAAUGGCUUUGCCCUGCCACUGAAAGAGGAGCACAAAAUGUUCCUCAUCAGAGUGCUACUGCCUUUACACAAAGUCAAGUCUCUCAGCGUCUAUCACCCACAGCUGGCUUACUGUGUGGUGCAGUUUUUGGAAAAGGACAGCAGCCUCACCGAACCCGUGAUUAUGGGCCUGCUAAAGUUCUGGCCCAAGACUCACAGUCCCAAGGAGGUGAUGUUUCUGAAUGAGCUGGAGGAAAUCUUGGAUGUCAUUGAGCCCUCAGAAUUUGUUAAAGUCAUGGAGCCCCUCUUUAGACAGCUGGCCAAGUGUGUAUCAAGUCCACACUUCCAGGUUGCUGAAAGAGCAUUGUAUUACUGGAACAAUGAGUACAUCAUGAGCCUGAUCAGUGAUAAUGCUGCCAAGAUACUCCCCAUCAUGUUUCCCGCUCUCUACAAGAACUCCAAGAGCCACUGGAACAAGACAAUCCAUGGGCUCAUCUACAACGCUCUGAAGCUCUUUAUGGAGAUGAACCAGAAGCUGUUUGAUGACUGCACUCAGCAGUACAAGGCUGAGAAGCAGAAAGAGAAGUACAAACUUAAGGAGCGGGACGAAAUGUGGCAUAAAAUAGAGGAGCUAGCAAAACAAAAUCCCCAGAGUACAAAGAUUGAGCUGCGGCCCGGGCAGGCUCAAGAGGAGUAUAUGAUGUUUAAUGAAGGAGGGAUGCCCCUGUACUCAAUGGAAACAGAGACCCCUACAGCCGAGGACAUCCAGCUGCUGAAGAAGACUGUGGAAUCAGAAGCCUCACAGGGGUUAAAAGAUAUCAAGAAGGAAAAGGUUUUGACGAGGCGAAAGUCUGAGCUGCCACAGGACGUGUAUACUAUUAAAGCCCUGGAAUCUCACAAGCGAGCGGAAGAGUAUCUGACGUCCAACCAGGAAGCCCUCUGACCGGGGAACACCGCCACCCUCCAUCGCGCCUAAACUGUCCCUCUCGUCUUGGUCCAAAAUUGUGGCGUGCUGUAACCCACCUCUCUGUUCCCCUGCCUCUGUCCAUACUCUUCCUCCCUCGCUGUUGGAGAGCCCCGUCUGUGUACGAUCUAGCCCCGCAGAGCAGUGGAGCGCUCCCAUGAACUCUGUCCCACCUCCUAUGCGUGCACAAACACUUUCCAAAGUCUUCACAAAUCCAUAGCUGCUACAGAAGCUGUUAGACAGCAGUGUGGGUUACAAAUAAUGAAAGUAUGCUUGUGUUUUUCUCUCCACACCGCUUUAUUUUGUCCACUUUGUGCUGUCUCCAUUUGUCCGCAUGUUCCCUAUCCUGUUUUUACCACAGCUUGAGAGCUCUUCCUGUACUCCAGUCACUGCCUCUGUAAAUCUGUUUGCAAUGAAGGGGCCACACUUAACUAAAUGAAUCAUGUUACUCGAGAUUAAUGAAGACCUCGGUGGGGAUUGUGACCCCAUGUUGG